CACUCAGCGCUGACAGCAAACGUCCUGCACGGGGUGUGUUUGGAGAUACAAUGGAGCGUUUGGGACCAGGUGGCCGGGCCGGGAAGCAGAUGACUCGGAGGGUUGGGAUCGUGGGAUACGGCAGUUUGGGCCAGUACCUGGUGGACAUGAUUGUCCAGGCCGGGGCCGAGCAGGGGCUGCAGCUGGUCUUUGUGUGGAACAGGAGCCAGGAGAAGAUGAGAGGACGUGUUCCUGAGGAGCUACAGCUGAAGGACCUCAACAUGUUUGGGGACAGGAAAUCUGACCUUAUCCUCGAGGUCUCCCACCCUCAGAUCACCAAGGAGUUUGGGGAGAGAUUCUUGAGAAAUGCGGAUUUUAUGGCCGGAUCACCCACGGCCUUCGCUGACCCGGAGACUGACCGUCGGUGCCGCCGAGCGAGUGCCCAACACGGACACACCCUUUACAUCCCCAGUGGGGCCCUGUGGGGAGCCUCCGACAUACAGAAAAUGGCGGACAGGGGAACGCUGAAGUGUAGAGGGCUUUACUGUGUCGCUGACCCUGACCUGGAAUGUGGACACACAGUGUAG